GAGAAACAUUCGACUUUUUUUUAAAAUAUUUUACCAAUUAAUUUCACUUGAGUAACCGGUUUCAAAAUUAAUUCUAAAACAUUGUUUCAGAGCGAUCUUUUUGAGCAAUCGUGCUGCGUCAUAUAUAAAACUUUCAGACUGGGACUCUGCAAUUAAAGAUUGUACAGAUGCUAUAGAAUUAGGACCUCCGAACGACAAGCCUUUGGAACGUCGUGCUCACGCUUAUUCCAUGGUAGAUAAAUACUUAGAUAAAGCUGUUGAAGAUUACCAAACUUUAAUUAGCAAGUAUCCGGAGAAGCGGUCAUAUAGAGUUCGGAUGGAAGAAGUGAAUAAAGCGAUUGGAGAGCGGAACGAGAAGAUGAAAAAAGACAUGAUUGAGAAGCUGAAAGACCUUGGGAACAUGUGUCUCAGACCAUUUGGUUUAUCGACUGAUAACUUCGAGCUACAACAACAACCGGGAGGUGGCUACUCAAUCAAUUUGAAAAGGUAG